AUGUCAUCAGACCAAAAACCCACAGAGCAAGGCUCUUCCAGCGGAUCGAAUGAACUUUCCAAGAUAGCAACCGAGGCACUUAAGUUUCUCAAUACUUUAAACGAUGUCACGUUCAUUUUCGUCGUAAAUGAACUAGAGCUUGCCGAGCCAUAUACUACUCAUAACAUCGACCCGUGGGGCAACCCCAUACCUCCGAGCAGAGCGUCAGAUUAUGUAGGCGAGAAAGUCGGUACCGUCUGGAGAUUUGAUAGGGGCGUCAUAUAUCCCGCGCGAGAGUAUGUCUGGAGCCGCGGCGCCCAUGGUCAAUUGGGCAUCAUCCAAUACCGCGAACAUAAGUUUAGUGCUCCCCCCUUCCGCAACUUCCCCCUGGAGUUUUACAACAUGUGCACCGUCUUUGAUUGUGGACCAUUCCUCCCCUGCAUAUACAAUAGGAAAGACGUUACCGUUCUGGAUGCAUGGGAUGGGUUUUGGCCUCUGAAAUUUUCGAAUGCAGAGCGUGUUAGUGAAAUCACAGAUAUCGGAAGUAACCGUGUUGCUGGGAGGAACGCUUGCUGGGUCGGUCCUCUUGUCUCUAAUAUCUACGAGAAUGGCGACGAAUCCGCAGAACAAUCUAGAGGUUUAAGGGGAGACCUUAGUAUUAUACUCGGAAUGAUGGCUCUGGCUGAGCCCCCUGGGCAUACUGACGACGCAUUUCGUUCUCAUUGGCGCCAUUUUAGGUGGACAUCCCAGAAACCUAAGUAUAAAGUACCUGAUCAUAUGCGCAGAGGUGUCUUCGUUUAUAUAGCUACAGAAUCAGGACAUGGUAGUGGUAGGACUCUAGAAGAAAUCUCGGCUUUUGAACAGAAAGGGAUCGCUGUAUUUGGUUAGUGCUAUAUUUGACAUUCAAUCUCGGCACAUCCUUGGAAAUAUGGCCCUGCGAUAUGGAUAACUAUAUAUCCGUGUAAAGCAACCGACUGGGAAGAUUUGGGGCGCAUUAUUCGUAUUUAUUUCUCGAAAUAACUGAAGUUUAGCCGUUUGACUCAGCCUUUGAACCGGCCUCUCCUUCAUCAACUUCAUCUUCCAUUUG